AUGUAUCAGACAUUCUUCAUCGGUCGCGAUGGGACGCAGCGGGCCCAAGACGUCGAUCUAUCUGCAAUCAAGACUGUCGAACAGUUGAAAACCAUCCUUGCUACCCGCUUUCCUUUUGCUGAUGCACAACAUUCAGCCCUGCAAUUCUUCAGCAGCAAAGAUGGACAUCUCUCCUCGCUUGAAGCCAUCCAAUCCUCGUCCGUGCCGGUCGAACUGCGCGUCUCUCCGGAUGCCUCCAUCGAGGAGCCCCCCGGCCCGCGUCCGCUCCCCAUUGUCGGGAACCACUACGAAAUCUACCCGGAUGCGCUGGGCAACUACGACCGCCUCUUUGCGCGCUACGGGUCCAUGAUCAAGACCGUCAACAUGGGAACCGUCGUGUACCACACAAACGACCCGGAAAUCUCGCGUCACGUGCUGCGCGAGGGCGCCUUCUUCACCAAGACCACGUCGGACCCCACGCACCCGCUCUACUACAUGCAGGAGCAGACGGCCCUUUUCACGUGCGACAGCGACUCUCCCGCCUUUGCCAUUAGCCAUAAAUUCAUCCCGCCCGCCCUCUCGCCACGCGCCGUCUCGCACCACGCGCCGCAGAUCCAGGACGCCGCUCGUGCUAUCUUCCCCGUGCUCGACCAGCUCGCCGAGCGUGACCUGGCCUUCAAUGUCUACCACUACAUGUUCAAGCUGGCGGGCCAGGUCAUCUGGCGCGUCAUGGUCGGACAGGACGUGCAGCACUUUGCCGCCAUCGACACGCCGCCGACGCUCGCGAUCCGCCUGUUUGGGCAGUACCUGUCGCUGAUGAAGAAGAUGUCGCUGCGGCCGCGGUGGUGGGGGAAGUUGCCGUUUGGCGAGCCCGCGCGGCUGCGCAGAGUGCGCAACGACCUCUUUGCGACGGUGGAGCGUGCCAUGGAUGCAAGCGUGACGGUCGGCGGCGGCCCGCUGGCGGUGACGGACCCCGCGGCGUCACUACGGGCGGCAUGUGUAGCCGAUUUCCUGUGUCGAGCCCGGGACGAGCGCGGCGAGGGUCUCCCCCGCGACGUGCUGUUGGGCAACGUCGUGGUACUGCUGGGUGCCGGCUUCACGACGAGCGCAUCCCUGCUGUCGUGGGCCCUCUACUCGCUCGUCACGUACCCCGGCAACCAGGAGCGCCUGCUGCAGGAAAUGAUUGAUCACGGCGCUGACGGUCAGCGUGCGUGGACGUACGACGAGGUGCACGCCAUGCCGUUCCUCGACUGCUUCGUCAAGGAAACACAGCGCGUGCACAGCCCGAGUUUCCAGACGGCGAGGAACGCAAAGCAGGAUGUUGUCCUGCCUGGCGGCUAUCUGAUCCCCAAGGGAGGCGUCGUCAUUACCUGCUUCCCUAGUCUACACAAGAAUCCCGCGCACUGGGAGAACCCUGCGCGCUUUGAUCCAGACCGCUGGGCCGACCAGCGCGUUGCAGCCGACGCCAGGAAAAAGGGCCUGUAUACGCCCUUUGCGGCUGGCGGUCGCGGCUGCGUCGGCUUCAACCUUGCUCUUGCAGAAGUCAAAAUGGUGCUGCUGGAACUCGUCUACCACUACCAUUUCGAAGACGCGUCUCCUGAAGCGGUUGUCUACGACCCCGAGUUUCUCGUCACGCGCCCCAUGAAUUUUUACAUGACCCCGCGGAAACGAACGUCGUGGCCGAAGCCAUCUGGUGCUGCUAACGAGUAGAUGUGUUGGAAUUAAUGGCAUGAUUUUGUAUGUAUGUACAUGUGUUGAGAUGUUCUUCAAAACCCGAAAUGGAAUUCCC